AACUACAUAAAGGCAGCCCUAGUUGUUGUUACUUGUUUGGGUGUGUUCAACUUCAAUCUCAACUGACAACUUCACAGUUCACUCACUUGUUAUAUUUGUUCGUUUAAAAUUAAAUAUUAUAUUACUACGUUCUAUUUUCAUUGUUAAACCUUAAUUACGUAGUUAUCUAUAAAAAAAAACAAUAUACAGUGAAUAUAAAAUGAAUAUUAAGUCAAUUAUUUUAUUUUUUUUAUACACUGCUCCUACAGUUUUCUGCGUGAGAUGCUAUCAAUGUGCGUCGUCGCAAAAUUUAAUAGAAGAUACAUGUGGGGCUUACAAAAGAUUCGAUACAAAUAGUCACAUUGCAGUAGAGUGUGGCAGCGAUGAAUCUCAUAUACCUGGAUCAUUUUGUGUGAAGCUUACUCAACAAGGACCCAAAGGAUUUAUAUGGGAUGGUCGCUGGCGUCAAGUGAUCAGACGCUGUGCAUCGGUCUCAGAGACGGGAGUAACUGGUGUUUGUAAUUGGGGGGUCUAUGAAAAUGGUGUUUACUGGGAAGAGUGUUACUGUUCAUCUGAUGAGUGUAAUGGGGCCUCAUCUAUUUAUAUACCCAUAGCUUUAUUACUAAGUGCUAUUGUCACAAUUAUACUGACAUAAUAUAUUUUAUAUCUAAUUUUAAAUAAGCAAUAUAUAUUUAUAUUUAUAACGAAAUCUUGACCAUAAUGGUCAUGGUAAGGAUUACUUUAUGAUUAGUGUUAUUAAA